GUACCUGACAUGUUUCUGUGUUUUCUACAAGUUUGAACGCACAUUGAUCAUCGCCGAGGAAGGGAGCUAUGUGAGCUAUCUGGAGGGGUGCACAGCCCCAGCUUAUGACCAGAAUCAGGUGGAAACUGGAUCCGCCAUCACCUGGAAGUAUCCGAGCUGCGUGUUGAAGGGUGACAACUCUGUUGGGGAAUUUUACUCUGUUGCUCUUACAAAUAAUGCUCAGCAAGCGGACACUGGGACAAAGAUGGUGCACGUUGGGAAGAACACCCGCAGCAGGAUCGUGUCGAAGGGCAUCUCUGCUGGGCAGUCGUUGAAUGCAUACAGGGGGUUGGUUCAGGUCCAACCCAGUGCAAAGAAUGCUCGGAACUAUUCGCAGUGCGACUCGAUGUUGAUUGGGGACACUGCUGGUGCCAAUACAUAUCCAUACAUCCAGGUGAUGGUGUGA